CACCAGUAUUGGUUGCACGUCAAUUUUACGUGUCUCGUAUGUAUCGUUAGUUGUAGUUCUGUUUCGUGUGCAUCGUCCAUACAAACCGAUUUCAAUGUAGCCCAUGCCAUACAAAAGUAUGGGUUUGGCAAUUUCAACGAAGGUCAACUUAGAAAAUGUCAACAAAGUUUCAAUGCUGCAUAAUGAUCUGCGAAAUUGUAAUCAGCUGUUUCCCAAACUCACAAUAUUGGGUCUAGGGUCGGUUUCUCAAAACAUAUCUGGUAGCCUACUUCUUGUAGCCUACUUUAUAGACUAGAUAAGGACAUAUAAGGUAUGGAGGUUAUUUGAUGAUAAAUUAGGUUAGAAGUGACAACUUCUUUGCGAGUUUGAUUGCUUUUGUCUGCGCGACUCCAAUUGUAUUCAUAUACUUAUAAUAGAUUAUAGGGGGUUUUAGGCUACAUAAUAGGUUACUUAAGCAAUGAUUUAAGAUUUUUGAAACAAUGCAUUUGAAUUGCAUUAUUUUAUUUAGCUUUUCAUGUCUGAGCAAUGCUUCGUUUGUACUUCUUAAGCAUCAGAACCAGGGCUUUGUGGCUGCGGGGAAUGUGGGCCAGGGUUAUUAGGAUGUUACUAAACUAUAGUUUAGGUUUAUACUGCAUAUGAGACAACACUAAUGCAAUACCAUUAUCCCAAAUGCCCACAAGGUGGAUCUGCUGGAUCCUUCCCUAGUUAAAGCAUGUUGUGACUUUUUCUUUUUUAUUCAGACUUUAUUUAGAGAAAUCCCGAGUUCAUUGAGAGUUACACAUUACACGUUUAAAUAAACAACCCUGUGAGAUAGUCAUGCAUUUCCACAUGAAGCAGAAACAGCUUUGUAAGAUCUUUGAAACCAAAGUGAGUGAGACGUUUUAUUGCUCUGAUUGGGUUAUCCUGUUAUGAAAUUGUGUUUGGUUGCCUGGAUACCAAUUCCAUGAAGAAGGAAAAACUUUGAAAAUAAUGAUGAAACAACACAACGAUGUGCUUUGUAUAAAUUAGUUCACCUGAAAUGGCUGGCUAAACAGGUCAAAAUGGAUAAAAACACACGGAAACUCCGUAAUCAGGACAUCAACCCAUGCAUCGAAGAAAGUGAUGGGUCUCAAAGGUGUUUGGAAGCCCACAACUAUGACAAGUCAAUGUGUUCACCCUAUUUCAUAAACUACAAGAACUGUAGGAAGUAUUGGCAUAACCUCAUGGUGCAGCGGAGGAGAGAGGGGGUGAAGCCGGAGAUGCCCACUGCUGAGGAGAGGAAGGAGAUCCUGGCUGGGCUGGGUGGCAAGCCGUACUGAAGCGGGCUCCUCGGGAGCUCCUCCUCCUCCUGACGACAGCCCUCUGGGUCUCAGCCCGGCCGAUAGGAGCCCAUAGGAGCCCAUAGGAGCCCAUGGAUUGGACUGGCCCGUCCUGGUUAGCUCUGGGUGGUAGCUGUCGGGACACUGCACUGCAGAGUACCUGGCUGUGUUCCCAGACAACAUGGUGGUGCGGGAAGAGGAGGCUGUAGGUUCUAUCGAAGCUGGGUUAUAAUUGGGAUCCGAAAGACAUACUGUAUCUGAUGCUCGGUCUCCAUCCAUGUUUGUAUGUGUGGUUGUGUUGUGUUAAAUUAUAAUGUGUAAAAUCUUAUGGAAGAGUGAUGAAUAUUGUACACACUUAGCAGUAUGCUGUGUCAUGUGUGAAAUAAUACAUUAAAGUGUAACACGUGUCCCAGAUGUCUCUUACUAUGUUACAACCGCAGUUACUUUGCACUUUUUACUUCCUACUACAGGUUCCCAAAGCUGUAGCGUCACACAAUGUACUAAGUACAAAUCAUACAUUUUCCAUAUGGGCUGUUGCCCCUAAACGGACCCACAACGCUAGAACCCUGAGGUGUAGCAUUCCCUAAAGGGGACAAUAUGUUUGUUAACCCACAGAGGUUAUCCGUACGCAAGUCCAAAUCAAUGUGAUACCUAAUGGGUUUCAGCCAUGACGAGACCUACCAACCCAUCAAGUGUCCCUUGCAUUAGAAUUAAAGCUAUCAUGGCUGUAUGUUUCCUAAUCAGUCAUCUUAAAAUCGAAUUUCAUGAGCCAGACCUGGGGACAGGACGACUGCACUACCUCUACCCACCGAUAAGAGACACUCCCAGAUGGGUAACUCAGUGUAGUGUCUGCUUAUUUAACAGUGCUGGCUGGUUCGCAGCAUACUGUCCAUCCAGUUAUUACUAGGUCUAUACAUAAUCUUUAAUGGCAUU